AUGGAUGGCAGGACUGGCCCUGAGCAGGAUAGCAACUGUGCCACUUCAGGGUAUGGCCAGCGGCUAAAGUUGGAGCCCUGCUUCCAGAGCGAUUCUCUCUUGCCUUCCCCCAGCACACCCCUGAUACCGCAGCUGCUCAGCCACCCGAUGGGUGGCAGGAGCCUGGAUCCCACCAUCCUUUUCCCCUCCUCUCAGGCAGUGGCCCUGCCUCAGGAACACGAGUGUGGUGCAUCUCCUGGAGAAGGAGUGCAAGCCCUGGCUUUCCACAGGACCUGUGUCCCAGCUCCCGUGCCCUGUGCUGGCAACAGGGACCAGCUCUCUGACCAGCACCUGUGGGAUCAGCUUUCCAACCAGCACCUACAAGCCAAGCGGGCCAGGGUGGAGAGCAUCAUCCAAGGCAUGAGCCUCUCACCAACCCCUCAGGCAUUUGGCACUAGCCUGGAGGCAGCUUUUGGGCAUGAGAGGGAAAGGGGUCAUGAGAUGCCCUGGGAGAGCAAGAGGAAGCCGAGGGUGCCCCAGCAGGGCACGGGGGCAGCCAAGCAAGUGGCCCCCUCAGGGGGCAGCCUCAAUGCUGAAGGCUGCCGGCAGCUGAAGGAGCAGCUCUGCUUCUUGGAGCAGCAGCUGAGACGGCUUCAGGAGAAGUUCUCCCAGGUCUGCAACUCUGUGGACACUACCCAAACCGAGGAAGGUUCCAAGAAAGCGCAUCCAUUGCUCGGAAAGCCUGGAAACAGAUUGGACAAAGACAGUGCCACUGCCAGCAGUGACCCACGCAAAGUGCCUCUUUGGAGGAGCAUCCUGGAGGUGCAGGGGCCAGAGGAGGACAAGGACAGGGAUGACACAGGUGGCCUGUCCUUGGUAGCGGGGGCCCUCUCACACGCACUGAAGCAUGAGCUGGCUGAGGCGAUGUCCUGGGUGGUGGACUCUGUUCUGAAGACUGCCUGGCCGAAGGCAGCCAGCCACUUCCUGCAGCACCACCGCAGACUCCCAGUGCCAGGGCCAGAUGCCAGGAGAGAGCAUUUUGCUGCUGGGAAAUGCAGAAAGCCACUUGCAAAGCCAUCUCCAAGGAACACACUGGGCUCACCCCAGGCUGAGGCCCCGUCAGGAGCUCCAGCAAAGAGCCUGGGCUCUCAUGCUGUCUCCUUCAGUUCAAAAGGGGUCAGAAAAAGCUCUCAGGCCCCCAGCAUGAGCUUGGCUGCCCCCAUCCAGGACAGCCAUCUGCUGAGCCAGCUGCUGCGUUAUGGCCAGCACAGCCUCUGGGGCAGCAGCUCUUGCAGGAACCCCUCUUCUCUGGAGAGGGGUCCUUUGGAGCCCCUCAACUUGCACUGGGGAACAGUCAAACUGAGGUCAUCGGUCAUGAGACAGCAGCAGCCUCUGAGCCCUGCUGGCAUGGGCCUGGCACUGCUGCCGGCUGGCAGGGAUGGCUGUGGAGAGCUGCAGGCUGCGAUGGAUGGGGCACCCUUCACCUCCACACAUAUAUCCUUUGGGGGCAGCUGGAGAGGUCCCUGGGCUUGGACAUGCUCCCCUUGUCCUCUGAACCCAGAGCUCAGCACAGCCACUGCUGGACUCCCCAGGGCCAAGGUCCCUGCUGCUCCACAGGGGGCUAAAAUGGGGCAGAUGCAGGAGGUGCUGACUCCCGGCCACCUGAAGAAGGCCAAGCUGAUGUUUUUCUUCACCCGCUACCCCAGCUCCACUCUGCUGAAGACCUACUUCCUCGAUGUGCAGUUCAGCCGCUGCAUCACCUCCCAGCUCAUCAAGUGGUUCAGCAACUUCCGUGAGUUUUACUACAUCCAGGUGGAGAAGUUUGCCCGGCAGGCGCUGCUGGAGGGUGUUGUGGAUGCUGGCACCCUCCGGGUCUCCCGGGACUCGGAGCUUUUCCGUGCCCUCAACAUGCACUAUAACAAGGGGAAUGACUUUGAGGUGCCAGGCCGGUUCCUGGAGGUGGCCAGCCUGACGCUGCAGGAGUUCUUCAGCGCUGUCAAGGCUGGCAAGGAUGCCGACCCCUCCUGGAAGAAACCCAUUUACAAAAUCAUUUCCAAACUGGACAGCGACAUCCCAGAAGGGUUCAAGGCUGUCAGAUGCUCCCAGGAACUGCUCCGCAGCUGA